CCAAUCACCUUUCUCUCUCCGAAUAUACACUUUAUCUCUCUAUAAUACACCAAUCCAUUAUAUAUAUAUAUAUAUAAAAACUCUCAUUAUUGUGUUUCCCCCAAUUAUAUAAAUGCAGUGAAAGCAGUACAAUUCUCUCUGUUCACGUCUCUGUCUGCCCUCUCUCUCUCCUCCGAUCAUGCCCUCUCGCGGAUUGGCGUAUAAUUGAGCUAUCUCUGCGUCUUGGUGUUCAUUGAUCUACUUCGCUCUAGGGUUCGCUAUUUUGCUGCUUUUCCAGCUUCAGGGAUUAACUUUUAUGUCUGUGUAUAGUUUUCUUACCCUUGCCUGAAAGGUAACACAAUGCAGCAGUCAUUGGAGGAUACCUCUUUCGGCAACCCAAAGUUUCAUUCAAAUGCUUCCAAGGAGGCGAGAAGUGGAGCAUGGAGAAUCUUGUCUGGAUUUGAUGUUUGUCAUGCCUCAAGUGAUUCUACUCUUUUCUCCACUUCAUUACCAGUUCUUCCCCAUGAAAAAUUGAACAUAGACAAUAUAGAUCAUGGCUGUCAAUCAAUUGAUGAUAUCUCAUCUAGCUUGAAGAAAUUUGAACCAGAUAUGGAAGGUAAUGACCUGCUUGAAGAUGUUCAAAAUCAUGCAAUUGGAAGCUUGCUUCCUGAUGACGAGGAUGAGCUUUUAGCUGGGAUAACGGAUGGUUUUGAUAUAAGUGGGUUACCUAAUCAAGUUGAUGACUUAGAAGAGUAUGAUCUUUUUGGCAGUGGAGGGGGUAUGGAAAUAGAAUUUGAUUCACAGGAGAACUUAAGUAUGGGACUGUCUAAGAUAAGUUUAUCUGAUGGUGCUGGUGCAAAUGGUGUUGCUCACUAUGGCUUUCCCAAUGGUGGUGGAACUGUGGCUGGAGAACAUCCUUAUGGGGAGCAUCCAUCCAGAACCUUAUUUGUUCGAAAUAUUAAUAGUAACGUUGAGGACUCAGAGUUGAGAACUCUUUUUGAGCAAUAUGGCGAUAUCAGAACUCUGUACACUGCAUGUAAACAUAGGGGCUUUGUGAUGAUAUCUUAUUAUGAUAUCCGUGCUGCUCGAACUGCUAUGAGGGCAUUGCAAAACAAGCCACUAAGGCGGAGGAAACUGGACAUUCACUUCUCAAUUCCAAAGGAUAACCCAUCAGAUAAGGACAUUAAUCAAGGAACUUUGGUAGUUUUCAAUUUGGACCCGUCAGUUUCAAAUGAUGACCUUCGUCAAAUUUUUGGGGCUUAUGGUGAGGUUAAAGAGAUUAGGGAAACACCACACAAGAGGCACCAUAAGUUUAUUGAGUUUUAUGAUGUUAGAGCAGCAGAAGCAGCACUGAAGUCCUUAAAUAGGAGUGACAUAGCGGGUAAACGCAUAAAGCUUGAACCUAGUCGCCCUGGGGGAGCGCGUAGAAACCUAUUAUUGCACAUGAACCAAGAGCUUGAACAAGAUGAAUCAUGGAGUUUUCGACAUCAGAUGGGUUCCUCAAUAACCAACUCCCCUCCAGGUAGCUGGACACAAUUUAGUAGCCCUAUAGAACACAGUCCUCUGCAAACACUGGGCAAUUCCCCUGCUUUGAGGUCUUUAAGCCCUACAGUUGGCAACAAUUUACCUGGAUUAGCUUCAAUUUUACAUCCUCUAGCAUCAAACUCUGCAAGGGGUUCACCUAUUGGCAAUGGAAGAGUUGGCAAUGCAGAGGAUAAGUUCACAAAUACAAGUAUUAACCAUGGAGCUGUUUUCCAACAGUCUCAUUCAUUUCCUGAGCCCAAGCUGAAUCAAUAUUCUGGGGCCAUGUCCUCUUUUGGUGCUUCAGCUUCAAACGGAUCUGGUGUAGAAACACUGUCUGGGCCACAAUUUCUUUGGGGAAGUCCCAAGCCCUACCCAGAACAAACUAAUUCUUCUGCCUGGCAAACACCAUCAAUGGGCCAUCCAUAUAAAUCCAACAGACAGAUCAAUGGAUUCUCGUACACCGGUCACCAUGGUUCUUUGAUUGGUUCAUCUCACCUUCAUACCCACCAUCAUGUUGGAUCUGCUCCAUCUGGUGUUCCUUUUGAAAGGAACUUUGGUUUUUACCAGGGAUCUCCAGAAACAUCAUUCAUGAGGUCAGUUGGUUUUGGAGCCAUAGGUUUAGGCCACAAUGAAGCAAGUCUUUUGGCAAAUGCGGGUGGCCAUGUUGCUAGGAAUGCUGGUGCUGCUGUUACCGGGAACACAUCAGAAAAUGGUUCUACUGGUUUCAGAAUGAUAUCUUCACCAAGGCUUAGUCCUGUAUUCUUAGGCAAUGGUCAUUAUCCAGGAGUGCCAUCCAUGGCCAUGGAGGUUUUUGAGCGUGGCUGGAACCGACGCGUUGAGAAUGAUGGGAACCUGAUAGAUAGCAAGAAGCAGUUUCAGCUUGAUUUGGAAAAGAUUAAAACUGGGGAAGAUACUCGGACAACUUUAAUGAUUAAAAACAUCCCCAAUAAGUACACCUCAAAGAUGCUACUAGCUGCUAUUGAUGAAAAUCACAGAGGCAAUUAUGAUUUUCUUUAUCUUCCUAUCGAUUUUAAGGUAAUUUUGCCAUAGCCAUCUGAUAAAGUCAUAGUAAUGUCUUGAAAUUUAGCAACUGAUUGUGGUUCCUGAAUAUGAUGC